AUGGCAUUUUUGGGGGCUUUGAAGGUUGUGCAGAAGGUUGCCCACCAGUUGAAAGACUUCACCGAAGACACUGGGAAGAAAGCCUUGGACGGUGUGCAGAAAGUUGCCAAAGAUGCGAAGGACUUGUCUGAGGAUGCGAGCAAGCAAGCUUUGCAGCAAGCUUGGGAAAAGACUUUGGAGGGCGCCAAGAAAAUUGGCAAGGAGGUGAAAGAGUUGACAGAGGGCACUGGCAAGAAAGCAUUGGAAGGUGCCCAGAAAGUUGCCAAAGAUGCAAAAGGUUUUUCUGAGAAUGCUUGGGAACAGACUUUGGAAGGCGCGAAGAAAAUUAGCAAAGAGGUGAAGGACUUUUCUGAAGAUGCGACUAGGAAGAUGGCACCUGUCGGGCCUGUCGGAAUCAAUUUGCUUGAAAUGGGUCUGAAUCCUCUGAUACUUGCCAACCUCACAACAGCCUCUGUGCUCGUUGACCUGCCUUUGCUGUCUAUCCCAUUAAUUGGGAUUGGCCUACAUUCCUUGGGCCGACAUGCCUCUGCCCGAGAUUCCCGAGAUGCCCAAGAUGCCCGAGAUGCCCGGGAUCCGGACUUUGAAUCUUUGGUGACGAGGCCGUUCGAUCAUACCCAGCCCUACAGAGAAGUGAGAGACCCAGGGACAUUGCUGUGGAUUCCACACACAGCUUUUCCAUGUGACGUGGUGACUGAGUCAGGUUACACCGAUCUUUCCCAUUUGCGUCCUUCCAAUGGAGAGCCACAGCCAAUGGAUCCUGUUCCAGUCAUCGAUUUGAGCCACGAGUUUGACAUGGCGCAGCUCGACGCAGAGGAUGUCGCCAGUGUUUCCGACUCAACCGAUGACUUUACCCUGGUGUCAAGUGUUUUCUCAGCUGACGAGUCUGCCUCCAGUGAGGACAGGAGUCUUGACACCUUCCCUGUGGAGACGGCACCAGCCAUGCUUCUGGAGAGGAUGCGAGAUUUCCUUGAGAAGGAGGAGAAAUUUGAUUCGCCGGCAGCAGGUGCGUUGCGUGUCCUGCUGCAGCAUCAAGGGCGACCAAUGGGUCCUGUGAACAUCAGCUUGGCUUGUCGUCCAGAUUUGGUGCUUGAGUUGGAUUUCGGCAGAUGCCACAGAGGAACCGGUAUCCAGAUCUAUCGCAAAGAUGGAGUGAAUGGCAACCAAAAUCAACGCUGGGAGCUGCAUGGAGAUUCCAUUCGCCUGGCUGCAGAUGAUGCUUGGGGACUUGGCGGUGCUGCUGAGUUGGAGGAGGUCAAGUUGGAAGACCUCGAACACCAAGCAGCCUUCGUGUUCGAGGAUGGGCGCAUCAAGCUGGCCAACAAUCGCCAGCUUUGCCUGGAUGUUUGCGGAGGUCGCUUGGAGGCUGGCAGCAAGGUUGAUGCUGGUGGUCGCUUCUCUGUUGUGGUGAAGGUGAUGGUCUUUGAUCCUGCUCAUGAGCGAGGUAUGACUCAUGGUGCUUAUGCCGUCGGUAUGCAGACUAUGGUUGCUGUUGACUCCAAUGCUCGUAUGGUGGACUUGCACAAGGUUCAUGGUGGAUGUGAGUAUGUGACCGGUGAUGUUGGGUGUCCAAAGGUGAUCGCUGAAGUGUGGUCCAAGUGCAAUCAUGCUGCGGUGAUGAGUGCAGGCUUCUCAUGUCAGCCGUUUUCCCAGUUGGGUGAUCGUAAAGGAGGGGCAGACCCCCGUGCUCUGUCCCUCCCCAAAAUCCUUCGAGCAGCACUGUUUCUGCGUGUCCGGGUUUUAGUGCUUGAAUGCGUUGUGCCUGCAUGCAGUGAUCCGUUCGUUUCUCAACACCUUGAUAGGUUUGUAGAACUUUCGGGCUUUGUGAAGGAGAACAUCAACCUCGAGCUAUCUGCCAUUUGGCCCUCUCGGCGUCACAGAACAUGGUGGGUGUUGUAUGACCCUUGUUUAGGGAAGCUAGGCCUCACAGAAUGGUUGCGUGCUGAUGGAUUGCCCAAGAUCCAAUGCAUUAUCCCCUACAUCUGCCGAUGGGAUCCGAGAGAUGAGUUGGCUUUGAGCUUGGACUCUCGUGAAUGUCAGGCAUUUGGGGUCAACGAUGGAACAUACCCCAGGUAUCUUAUGACUGCAGAUGGAAUUGCUCCAACUGCUUUGCAUGCUUGGGGCUCUCAACUCAGGGCUUGCCCUUGUGGCUGUCGUGACUUCGGUCUCUCUGCGCAGAGGUUGCAUGACAAGGGAUUGUUUGGGCUUUUGGUCUCUAGUACCUCUGAGGCAAUGUCUGGUCAAAAGAUUCGACAUGUUCAUCCGUCUGAAGCUCUGGCACUUAAUGGCAUGGAUUGCACUAUUGACUUUGGGCUCAACGUCCGCCUUACUCUGUCAGGAGUUGGACAGAUUGCCAGCCCACUUCAGGCUGCGUGGGUCUUCAGCAUUGUUUUGCAGAGGGUUGAGUACUUGAGCAAAGACAAGGCGGAGUAUAGCCCUUUGGCCCACUUGCUUGCGUUCAGGUCUUGGCUUGUGAUGAAAUGUCAGAUGGCGUGGCCGUGCACUGAGCAGGUGAUCUCUGAUCGUUCUCUUGCCGAAAUGGUCGCCUUCUGGUACCCUGUGCGCAGCCUGUCACUUGAGCAGGUGGUGCAUCCGAAUUGGCUUGAUGAUCCUCCAGUGUCUCAUCUCUCAGUUGCUGCAGUGUUGGAUCACUUGAUUCGCAAAGCUCAAGCCGCAGAGUAUUGUGCACCACCUGUGGAUUUGAAUGAUACACCUUGGUUCGAUUUUCCUGUGUGUGACCCCAAGUGUGAUACGUCUUUCUCUGUUGGAGUUUCGGAAGUGUCUCUCAUUGACUCUCAUGGCAGUGGUGUCAGUUUCCGCUUUCAGUCAGGCUCCAAAGUUGCAGAUCUGUUGUGUGCCCACGCCAAGCUGACGGGAACCAUGAGGGUUGCCUCUGUAUGUGACCAGUUUGGAAACGAAGUUCAGAUGACCCAGCCAAUCCAAGCUGGCCAGAAUGUGCAGAUCUUCUUUUCGUCCAGUGAUGAGGGUGUUGCUGACUCUUGUAGCGAUGUUCCCAUGCGAGAAUUUUCUGGACAGAUUCCGGUUCCUGAGUCUCACCAAGCAAUUGUCAGUGAUGCAGUUUUACAUGGGGGCUUUGAUGGUCCGCCGGUUGUGUCUCCCACCUUGAGCUGGCAACCUGACGUUGGUGUGGAUGCAUGCUCGCCAGUUGGGGGUGCCACUCUGCAGUAUCCUUCUAGCACAAGGCAAAUUCAUGCACUUCUUCCAUUGACUGCCAAGCAGUUUGUGAGACUUGCCGUGCCUCGCAUUGAUGAUGCUCAGAAGUUCAAGGCUCUUGGACAGCAGUUCGUCUCUUCUUCGGAUCGAUAUGCUUUACUGCAGGCACAGGGUAAUGUUUGGUCUGAUGAUGAAAUGGCAUACCACUUGAGUGUGAUUGCUGCUCCGAAGCCAAACCUUCAGUUUCCAGUGAUGGUGCUUGACCCACUUCUAUGUACUGCCUGGCUGGAGGAGUGUGCUUUUCCUUGUGCAAUGUGGGCGAAUGAUCAUCCUGAAGUGAUGCGAGAUGGUGUUCAGAUCAUUGGUGCGUGUAGAUUUGACACACAUUGGGUCCCGUUUCACAUUGUGCCUUGUAAGGCUCAUGCUACGGUGUAUACAUGGGAUUCCCCAGUCAAUGACCAUUCCCCUCUGAAUACCCUUUUGGAAAAGAUUGCUCGUGGAUUUGGAUUUCAAUCAGUCCUUGUGUCAAGGCAGCAAAGGUUGGUUCCUGUUUCAGACAAAUGUGGUGCGAUGGCAGUGCAUUUCCUUCAAUCGGCGUUGAGUGAUGUCCAGCUCCCGACUGUGAGUUCGGAAGUGCAGAUCGUUCAUGACAUGCUUAGGGUCCGCUUCACUGAUAUUGUUCAGAAGUCUGAAUUUGUCAUUCGUCCCUGGAUCUGGGGUGCAGGUGAUGCCUCGGAUGAUAGCUCUGGGGAACCAAAUGUGCCAAGUGAUACUCAUGGGUCUUUUCCUCCUGUGGUCAAUCAGGUCUUCCCGGUCGUGUCCCCCCAGUCAGAUCCGUCUGUUGGUGGUUGUGAUGAAAGCAAUAGUGAAUGUGAAAAUGUGCCUGACCACAGGUGUCCUCAGAGUAGCAAUCGUGCUGAUGGCAGGUCAAGAUCUCCAUUGCGUCUUCGUCCAUCCUCUGGUCCAUCUGCCGGGUCUGCUUGUCCUGCUGCUGUGCCUGCUCCCGAUGCAGACAGCUUGCAAGCCAGGGAAUCCGGGCCACUCCCUAUAAUGCCCGUUGAGCCUGAACGGCUACCUCGAUAUAUUGAGCAUGCUGUUCAUGUUGGUGAGGAGCCUGUCACUGCAUUGUUUGCUCUCAAUCCGUCUUCUGGCCCUCAUCAGACACGUCUUCGUGGAUUGUACGAUGUAGGGGCCUACAGUCGUGAAUUGUGGUCACGUAUUGAAUGGGAUGUUGCCGACCUGAUUGCCUUAAGUAAUGCCCAGAUGCUUCAAACCAAGCCACCCACCAUUGAUUCGCCAACCAAGUUGUGGUCCAUCCGUAACCAGGUUCUUCCCUCCCUGGACAGGCUGGCAAUUCUCCGAAAUCAGUUGGGUGCCGUUGCGGAUGAUGAAAUGAGGUUCCAUAUGAUUGCUCUUGCUGAGGAAUGUCAACGUGGAGUUGAAUGCUUGCCGAAGCAGGUCGUUGUAAUUGAUCCAGUUGUCUCUGCAGCAUGGCUUGAUCCUGAGGCCUUUGACUGUGCUGAGUGGGCGGCCACCCAUCCGGAAAUCUUGGCUGAUGGGCUGCAAGCCAUUGGGGUUUUCUGUGUUGAUGCACAUUGGAUUCCGGUCUUGAUCACACCUUGGGGCAAUACAGUGCGCAUUGCCUCUUAUGAUGCUGCUCAAGAGCUUCCGGUGACCUUGUCAGCCUGUUUGAUGCGCAUGACACAUGGCCUUGGGUUUACUGUUAUUCUCGUUGGGACUCUCAAGGUCAUUGAACAUUGGGUGCCUUUUCUCCUCUUCCCAGCCGGUACGCGUGUUCGUAUUGUCACUGGGGACUACCAGGCGGAGAUUCCUGCUCAGUGGAUCAAUUGUUUGAUUGAAUUUGCCUUUGCUCUGGGCUUCCAAUCCUUGCGUUUUGACCAUGCCCACCGUGACGUUCGAUGCCGUUCCGCCUGUGGAGCAGAGAGUGAUGAAGCGUCUGAACGCUCAUGGCCAUCUGAGGAUCCGGUGCCAGCCAAUGUCCCUCCGGUUGCUGAAUCAACACAGGUUGCGUCACAGACUGAUGUCGGUGUACCGUUUGCACAUCAGUGUAUUUCCACAGAUGAGCGUAUUGAUUUAUUUGCUGUCCAUGGGCGCUCCAUGGGUGAUGAUGAAGUGCGAUUCCACCUUGCCACUCUGCUCCAGAAACGUCGUGGUGCGAUGUGGAUUGUGCAAGCCAUUGAGGAGCCGCCCAAUGCGAUCCUGCACGCCAAUUAUGGGGAGGUGCUGAUUUCCCGCCAUAAGUCAGGUGACUUUUCAGUGAAGAGCGAGGUCAAGCUGCCAGUAGCAUCACCUGCAACACUUGUCCUGUGUGGAGGUCCGGUUGCCAAGGAUGAAGAUCCAUGGACUCAAGCAGAUCCCUGGACCAAGUUCAAGCCAUCCACGAUGCCUGUUUCGGCUGCACCUGCUCAAACUGAUAGCAUGCAGCAAAUGGAGUCCCGGAUUCAGGCUGCGGUCUUGUCCAAACUUCCUCAAGGAACCCCCAUGGAGCAAGAUGAUGUCCCCGACCGCAUCAGUGCCCUUGAAGGCAUUGGGAUGUUCCUCCAGAUUGUUGGCUAUCCGAUCAUAGUGCAGUUGAUGUUAGGUUUCAUCGAUUCUGGGGUUGCCAAUGUUUUGCUGACUGCCGGUUGGGAGUUUGCUGCUUAUGCGGUCAUUUUAGCAGAUCCUUCGUUCCUUCGCCCUGCCAUCGUUUUGGAUAGUGGGGUCUUGCCUGGCCUCCGGCAAACCUCUGUCCGGGCUGAGUUGUUUGCUGUUAUGCGGGCUGUGAGAUUUGCUGCGUGUAGAGGCCUUCGGUUGAUGAUCUGGUCUGAUUGCCAAACUGUGGUUCGAAGAUUGCGACGCAUUAUCCUUGGUGCACCCGUCAGAAUUAACUCGCCGAAUGCUGAUCUGUGGAUGCACAUUGCUGCAGAUGUUUCUCAUGGGUGUUUUGUGCAGAUUACGAAGGUUGCUGCUCAUCAGAAGGUCUGUGCUGCUCUCUCACCCCUGGAAGAGUGGGCGUUCCUUCAUAAUCAAUUUGCUGAUCAUGCUGCCGCAAGAGCAAAUGAUGCACGUGAUGCAGUGUUUUGGGCUUUGCUUGCUCGUCAUGCGAAUGCUUGUAGACAGGUUGAUGAAUGGAACUCCAUGAUCCACAACGUCCAACUUCAGGUCAGUCGUAAAGUGCUGCGUGGUGUACAUCAUGAGGCUGAAGGUGAACCAGAAGUUGCUGAACCUCCACAACCCCCUGUUUGGAAAGGGCUUCCUGCAUCCCCGGUGCUGCCUCUCGGAGCAGUAAGAUGGUAUGGGCAGCCGAUUGUGACCAAAAUCGUUGCUUGGCUGUGGAAUGCAGUUUCUGCGGAGCAAGGUCCGGUUGUGUGGGUUUCCAAUGCUCAACUGUAUGUGGACUAUGUUCUUCAGACAGGCCAUGCUGGUCCCAUUAAGAAGGAUGGAUGGAAAGAUAGUGAGGAUUUUCCCUUGCAUGCUCUGUUGCAGGUUGGUUUCAAGGAGAGAACCCGAUGGUUUGGAAAAGUCUUGCGUGAAAUCCUCCGACAUGCAGACAGCCCGGAGAGCCAUAUGAUCUGUAUGUUUGCUAGCUGCUUGGUGUUGCCUUGGUGUCCCUUGCGCCUAGUAGAGGUCGAUCGCUGGUUCCAGAAGUUUAGUGUCACCCCGUACAGACGGCAGUCCCGGGAACUAGCCAGGCCACCUGAGCAACGAAUUCAAUGGUUGUUUCGAAAAAUGAAAGCGUUCUACUUGGCGAGGGUUCACCCCUUUCGACUCCCGGUGGUCCGUGUUCUCAAUAGUUUGUUGCUGGUAGAGCGGCUUGGUUUGGGGUGUUGCAGACCCAGAGGCGCUUGCAUCUUGGCCAGCUCCAUGGUCUGCGAGCUGAGCUGCCACGAGGUUCCAGAGGUGCUUGGCUGUGACUGGCUGAGUUUCUUCCACAUUUUGCGUUGUACACCUUUGGCAGACGGCAAUGGCUUGAGCCGUGAUUGUGCAGCUGCGAAGGUUCUGAGGGAUGAUGACCUCGAGCCAAGGGAGUUGCCAUUCCAAGGGCAGGAGUUGCCUGGCAAGGAUCCAGAUGUUGUUUCCAAUAUAUCUUCAUGGGAACUGCAGUCUGAAUCUGACCCUCCUCGCGCUCGGAAGGAACGCUUGGACAACACUCCUCAGGAGACAGCCAAAGACCCGAGUCCGGUUUCAGAUCCUGUUGAGAAUCAAGAUGAGGUUGCCUGGCGCGAGUCACGUCAGCGCAGCUUCCCAGUUCCUUGCAAGAACUUGGUCGCUGUUUUCGUGGGAGUCUUGUCGGUCGCCGGCAUGGCAGCUACAACUCACAGCAUGUGUGGCUCCAUCGAUCCCACUAUGCAGGGUGCAAAGGUGGAGAUCAUGAAAAGACUCGUUCCAUUCGGAAUAUCACGUGGUUGCUUUGAAAGUGCUUUGGACUCGUGCAUCCUUCAGUUCAACGGCACAGUGAUUGACUCCUUUGGUAAGCAAAGCUACCUUGAAACAUGGCAGAAUCAAGGCUUCCCACCCAUCAACUGUCGUGAUCUUGGUAGUGAGAUUUGGGUCAGAGGCUUUCCACAGAAUUGUGAAGGAACUUGGUCUGAUUUCGGCCCGUGCUCCGCUUCUUGUGGUGGUGGCACCCGUUCCUGUGCCUUCCAAAUCACGCGUCCGGCGCAAAACGGAGGUGCGCGCUGUCGUGAGAUGAACCAGUUGAAGACCGAAAAGUGCAAUGACCAGCCGUGUCCGGUGGAUUGUGUCUUGCUUGACUGGCAGCCAGAUGUGAGUGGCUGUAGCAAACUCUGCGGCAAUGGCACGGUGAAGGAAACCCGUGGAGUCCAACAUGAUGCCAGCCAUGGCGGUGAUUGUCCUGACCCAACUUCAGAACAGCGGGAGCGGUGGGCCACAUGCAACGUGGAUCCUUGCCCCGUCAGUUUGGUUGAAGACUUCCAGGGCACCUUGGCGGCCACAGCAAAGAGUGUUCAGAGCAUUGAGCAAACAUUGGCUGUGAGCCGCACGCUGACUUUGGAGCUGUUGCAGAACCACCCUCAGUUUAAUUGCUCAGCUGGUAUCAGUGAAGACAUGGCCGAGACCGCAGCAGCUUGCGCAGAGAACAAUGUGCUGGCGACAAAGACUGAGGCGAUGUCUUCAGUCUUCGAACAGGUACAAGAUGAGUGUGGGAUGAUUGUCCCGAUUUUCCGAGAGAUGGUUAACUCCUUGUUGGGUGAUUUGCCGGCCUUAAUCAAAUAUCUUUGCUCUGGGAUUACUGACAGUGCCGAGGCAACCUUUUCUUUGCUGUAUGAACAGAUCAACAGUCUGCUGCAGCAGAUUGAGAAGUGCAGAAGCCCUUCCAAGGAAUUGAAAGCAAAGAAUAAGGAUCUCCUCAGCAGGAGGAGCGGUCACAGUCAAGACAUUGAGCGACGCAGCAGCAAGGUGCUGGCAGAGUUGAAGAACUUGGAGCUGGAUGAACCCAGCCUCAAAACCGAAGUGCGUGCCAGGGCAGUAGCCCUGGAGAAUGCGAAGCAGAAUGUGAAUGAGAAACAAGAGGAAUUGAAGAAGAGCGGCCGGCAAUUUGAUGACCUCAAACAACAUCAGUUGUCUUUGCUGAACCGGCACAAGGCACAAAGUGCUAAUGCGAAGGACAACGCCGCUGCAGCUCGCCAGCAGGCGCAAAACUUGGAUUCUUCCUUGAAGGGCAAGGAACGUGCUGAAAACAUGGGUCGGCUGAAUAGAGCCUUUGAAGAAGCCACCGAUUUUGAAAAGAAGGCGAGUCAGCAGGAGGCAGAGUACAUGACCAAAAUUGAUGAAUAUAAUCGGGCCGUGGCGCAUGAAGAGUCACUUCGAAAACAAGGUGAGGAGGCUGCGCGUAGCCAGAUGCAGACCAUUGCGGAGAACCAACGGUUGAGCCAUGAGGCUCGCGUCCAACAGAUUCAAGUUGGCAAGGUCAUUCAAGGCAAGUUACUGGAACUGCAAAACUUGAACCGCUUCAAGCAGCUAUCUCAAGCUUCGGACCAGUCUCAGCUGGACAGAAACGUCCAAGCAGCCACAGAAACGCUUCAAACUUUGACCGUGAAGUUUAAGCAAUUCAGUGACUACCUGAAAUCGCUUAAGGUUGCGGAAGGCCGACUGCGGACAGGACCUGCUGGUUGUGACCAUGUGAGACAUAUCGUGGCGAACAUUGUCAACUCUGCCAGGGAACUCUUCAAGGUUGCCGGUUGAACAGGUUGAACAACGAAUGCGUUGCUGGUUAUGGUACGACCCUGUCGAGCAAUCUCCCACAGACCAGGAAGCCAGGGUUGUGAAACUGCUGAGAGCAUUUUACCAUCAUUUCGCAUCAUCAAUCUUUUUGUGCUAGUAGCUGCAGUUGGCAUUCGAUUUGGGACGCUUAAUGGCAUAAUAUGUUGCGGUGACGGGCUCUGUAAAGUCAAC